AUGGAGAUCGAAAUAGCACCCGACUCCCCUGCCCCCAUGCCGCGCUCCGGCGACAUCGCGGUCGCCGACGGGACCGCGACUCUCUCUCCGCCACCGUCGCCGCCACAGGGCCCUGCGUCGCCGUCACCGUCCCUCUCUCCUCGGGAUGACGUGCUCCCCCUCUCCCCUCCCCGCAACAGCCCCGCCCGGCGCCGCCGCUCUAAGCCCCUUCGCGCCGCGGUCGUCGACCAAGGCGCGGGCGCCGUCGGGUCUCCGCGAAGGAAGCGCCGCGGGGCGGGGGAGCCGCGCACGGCCGCGUCGCCCGGGAAGAACGUGAGGCGAGCGCGCCGGCGGCUGGACAACGAUGGCGGGAGGGAGUUGACGGCGAACGAGGCGGCCGAUGAGGAAGCGGCGGGUAAGACCCAGAGAAGAAAGACCGCGGCGCAGCCUCUGACAGCCGUGAAGGAGAAGAAGGGUUCCAGCUUGGCUUUGGUGCCAUACCCUCCCAUCAAUCCAACCCGAGGUGCAGAGAAUGUAGAGCAGUUUGAUUGGGAAGGUCUUUGGGAAAGGGUUGUUGACUUGGUGAUGUGGAAGAAUGUUGGGAGAUCAGCAUUUUGGUUCGGCUCUGGGUCCAUGCUUUUCGUCUCUUCUUCCUUUUCAAAAGACGUCAAUUUCAGUCCAAUCAAGAUACUUUGCCAUUUUGGUGUUGUGACAUUGGUCUUAGCUUUCUUCAAAGAUUCCAUUCCUCAGAGCUGUAACAGGCAGAACACUGAACAAGUAAGGAGUUUCCAGUUGACUGAGGAAGAUGUGCUCCGGGUUGGCCGAGCUGUCCUGCCAAUUGCUAACUCUCUCAUAUCUAUGUCCCGAGUGAUCUUCUCUGGUGAUCCAUCCAUGACUCUGAAAGUGUUUCCUAUUCUUCUAUUUGGUGCUAAGUAUGGCCAUCUGUUCACAGUAUGGAGGCUUCUAGCAACAGGAUUCUUUGGUUGUUUUACACUCCCAAAACUCUAUAGCUGCUAUUCAAGUCAUAUUCAUGAAAAAGUUGAAGGUUUGAAUGCCCGGAUUCUGAAUGCAUGGAAGUCCUGUCCCCGCAAGAAACUUGUUGCAGCUGCUGCAGUGACGACCUUCUGGAACUUGGUUAGUGUGAAGACACGUGUAAUGGCUGCCUUCGUAUCUGCGGUAGCGCUGCGCUACCACUAUCAGUAUGGACGAAGUAGCAGGAAUUCAGAGGGGGUAAUACGGCGGCAGGAGCAGCAACAAGCAAUGGUUCUCGAAGACUGA